AUGGACUUUGUGGAGACUAAGUACCCACAUGAUGACACCAUGAGAGACCUUGGGAUCUUUGAGGAUGUGGAGUUGGUGCUCAAGAACAUGCAACUUGGAAAGUUCUUCUCUCAUCGCAUGGAGUCUUACAAGGAGCUGACUUGUGAGUUUUUGGCAUCGAUGAGGUAUCACCAAUUCGAUGAGCUCGAUCGAGCUGAUGUGGACCAAGGCUGGGUUUUGCAAGACCAACCUCUCAUUGAGCACAAGGAGUUGGAUGGGAGGUUCCAAUUCAAGUUCACCAUCCAUUGGCUGGCCCUCCAAGCUUCUCCUGCCCAACCCAGAGCUCACCACAGUAGUAGGGGUGAGAACAUUGACUUCAGACCCCCUGUGUACACAUUAGUUGGGCAUGAGGACGAUUUGCGAGAAGAGGAGCCUGAGCUCGAUCGAGCUGAGGAUCGAGCUGAGUCUCAAGCUGAAGAUCGAGUCCAGGAGAGUGCGGAUUUGGGUGAGCCUGAGUGCUACUAUUUUGAGGAGUAUGAGGCUCCAAGGAUGAACCCCUCUGUUGUGGCUGCCCACAAGAGGAUUGGACUUCUCCAAAGGUUCAACAAGUGGCAAGGGAAAGCCAUGGAAAAGAUGCAAAAGUCCAUGGACAAGAUGAUCACUCCUCACCACUCCAAGGAGGCUCUGCCCAAGAGCCUCACAGAGCCUCUUCAUUUCGAGCCAAGGGAAGGGAAGACAACUCACAGAGAAGGAGGAAGAGUUCCAAGGCCAGACGCUCCAACUCGACCACCGGACUCGAUCGAGUCCAAACAGAGGAAACUCAACUCGAUCGAGCUGAGGGUCGAGUUGACCUGGAGGAGCCCCUGUUUGAGAACCGGAUUCGAGUACGAUCCACGCCUUACCAGGACUUCUCCCAGACCAACUGGACCCCUACAACCGUUCGAGCAAGCCAGCUCCACCAAGGCCAAGGAAGCCACACCCACUUUGAAGAUGAAGAAGAAGAAGAGGAGGAGCCGCAAGCUCGAUCGAGUGAGGGAACCCAGUCGAGUGGAGUGCUCCUGA